GAUAAUAAACGUGACUUGACAUUUCACAUAUCUAAAUAAUAUUUGAGUGUAUGAUUAAGAUGCAAAAGUGAAAAGUAUGAUGUCAUUCGAUCCUCCAUCUAAUGUUAAAAGGAAAUUGCUAUCAUUCGUCGUCCCAAUUAAUUUUAAUAUGUAUGCCUGACGAAAAUGUGAUAUUGAACCGAGAGACAGAGAUAGCAAAAGCAUAAUGGAGCCCAGGGAUUUAUCAUCGAGCGCUAGAUUGUUUCCAAAUGCUCAAAUUAAAAUCAGCACGUCACCUACAACCUCGCCAACAUCGAAUUCAUCAUCUCCCACACCAACAACGGGAUCACCACCGGGAAAUCAAGGAUUAUCAUCAGCCACUGGCUGUAUUCAUACGAAACCAAUCACAGGGAUUCCGUGCGUCGCUGCAGCGAGUCGAUACACAGCGCCAGUUCAUAUUGACGUGGGUGGAACAAUCUACACGUCAUCUCUGGAAACGUUAACCAAAUAUCCUGAGUCACGUCUGGCUAAACUUUUCAACGGAAGUAUUCCCAUCGUUCUCGAUUCACUCAAACAACAUUACUUCAUCGACCGAGAUGGAAACAUGUUUCGUCACAUUUUAAAUUUUAUGCGAAAUUCAAAGCUUUUAAUAGCGGAGGAUUUCUGUGAUCUCGAGUUGCUUUUGGAAGAAGCCAAAUAUUUUGAAAUUGUCCCUAUGAUCCGACAAAUUGAACAAAUGAAACGAGAUCGAAUGCGAAAUGGAAUCAAAACAUCUACAUCACGUUCACCAUCGCCAAAUAGAACAAAGCAGUUAGCCAUCAAAAAGACAAAUAGCGAUAACUUUGAAGUGGUCGCUUUACAGAUUUCACCUGACUUGGGUGAACGAAUUUUGAUGUCAUCGGAACGAAGCGUUCUUGAUGAAAUCUUCCCAGAAACAAAUCAAGCAAUUCUCGACGCGCGAUCUGGUGUUGCGUGGAAUCAAUUUGAGGGACGACAAGUCAUCAGAUUUCCACUUAAUGGCUAUUGCAAGUUAAAUUCCAUCCAAGUCAUUACCCGACUCUUGAACAGCGGCUUUUCUCUGGAAGCAUCAACAGGAUACUCAAGUGGUGUUGAGAAUCAGCAAUUCUCAGAGUAUCUUCUGGUUCGGAAAAUUAAUAUUUAGUUUUAAAUUUCUUGAAGAAAAAAAAACGGAAAGAAAGCAUAAACAAUCCACCCAAGUCAAUAAUCAUUAUCGUCGUAAUAUUAAGAUUUCUUUUUAAGUAUGUAAGUAGAUGAAUCAUGAUGAUAAGUGUAGAUUUAAUGCAAUCAUCAAACUUUACUUCUCAAGUUACAAUGCUAUUUAAAUAUGCAAUUAGAUCAACAAAAAUACUUUAAUUCUUUCUCUUUAUAUUGAAUAAUAAUAAACAUUUCACGCAAGUCUUCUUUUCAUUAAUAUUCUUAAACUACAAAGUAGAUGAGAAUUUAUCAACUCUGUUUUGUUUUUUGUUUUCACGAGUUCUUAUUCUUUAGACUCUAAAAGUCCAAAGUCAAUGAAAGUUUUUCGUUUGCAUGAAAAUGAUUUAAUGAAAAAUCAAUAUUAAUAAAGGAAAAUUACAGCAAUUUCGACAAGAAUAUGAACAAUUUGAUUUAAUUACUCCAAAUAUAUCUUCCACGAUCGUCGUGUUUGUAAGCACCUGAGUUGUCGUGAACGUAAUAUCCGUCAGAUUUACUUCCACUAGGAAUUUUUCCACUUGAAAAUGUUGGACGAGCAGUAGUUGGACGAGCAGUAGGUGGUCGUGUUGUGGGUGGUCGUGAUGUAGGGCGGGUAACUCGAGAUGGAGCUGGGGUGGGUUGAUAGACGGGAUUUUGGGGUUGCUGACGAUAUUGAUUCUUUGCAGAUUGUCCAGGAAGAUUUGGUGGUACAAGCUCGUUUAUUGGUGAUGGGAAUGAGAGGGAAGGGAAGAAACUGUUUGGACCACCACUUCCACCAUUCACAAUGCGUCUUCCAGUACUGUCAGUGUAAAUACUUUUCGAAAUAACUUUACCAUUUGGGUUAACAACACUUGAAGAUGAAAAUGAUUGUCCAAAAAAUUGAGGGUUUGCAUUCACAAAAUAACAAACGCUCAACAAUACCUUGAUUUU